UUUGCAGAUAUUUUUGGGGGAUCUUAUCUGGAUGCUCCCCACCCUUGUAAAUUCUUCUGUACUGAAGGCCUAUGCAAUGUAGUUUAGGAUUCUAGUCAUUCUACAGUCUGGCAAUUUCAUUAGAAGUGGUAUUGUGCAUAGAAGGAAGGCUCAACCAAGUGUGCAUUGUUCAAAGCUUGACUUUGCCAUAUUUUCCAUGAGUGUCACUUUUAGGACCUUGAUUGGAACAAAAUGAAGCAUCUCAAUGGAAUCUCUUUUAUGUUUCAUCCAAAGAUUCAUUCCCUAUUGGUGACUGGACUCGAUGUCAAUCUGGGUCCCAGGUGCCUAGCUGGACCACUUGAUUCCUCUGGAUAAGCUCUAAGGAGUUGUGCAGUAUCACUUUCCUGACUACUUUCGUCUCCCAGUUAUGAGUUCCAGCGUCACUUCUGAGGACCUGCUACAGCCAGGCCAUGUUGUGAAGGAACGAUGGAAAGUGGUGAAGAAGAUUGGAGGGGGAGGCUUUGGAGAAAUCUAUGAAGCUGUGGAUAUGGCCACGAAGGAGAAUGUUGCACUUAAAUUGGAAUCUGCCAAACAACAGAAGCAGGUCCUCAAGAUGGAAGUUGCAGUUCUGAAGAAACUGCAAGGACGAGAUCAUGUAUGCAAGUUCAUUGGCUGUGGAAGAAAUGACCGCUUCAACUAUGUAGUGAUGCAACUGCAAGGGAAGAACUUGGCUGAGUUGAGACGGUCUAUGCCUCGAGGGACAUUCACUUUAUCCACAACCCUUCGGUUAGGCACUCAGAUGCUUCGGGCAAUUGAGAAUAUACAUGAUGUUGGGUUCUUACACCGUGAUGUCAAACCUAGUAACUUUGCCAUGGGGAGGACACCUGGCACAACAAGGAAGGUGUACAUCUUGGACUUUGGCCUAGCAAGGCAGUACACAAAUGCAAAUGGUGAGGUCCGCACCCCAAGGGCAGCAGCAGGUUUCCGUGGGACAGUUCGAUAUGCUUCCAUCAAUGCCCAUAAGAACAAGGUUGGCAUCAUGAAGGAGAAGUAUGAUCACAGGAUUCUCAUUAAGCAUUUGCCAUCAGACUUCCGGCAGUUUCUGGAUCACAUCUCAGAAUUGGAGUAUUUUGAUAAGCCAGACUAUGCAAUGCUACAGGGUGUCCUGGAACGAUGCAUGAAGAAACGAGGGAUCAAGGAAUCUGAACCAUUUGACUGGGAGAAGAUCCAGAGUGAUGACACACCUGCCAAAGUCACUCCACCUCAGCCAAAGAGAGUGACAUCCACUGAUGCAGUGUAUGUAGGAACAUUGGAUAACCAAGCUGAUGAAGCUCAUGUGGCCUCAAUGGAAUUGCUUGAACCUGUAGACAAUUACUUAAUCCUUCAAGAUCAGGACAAUGUUGCCAAAUUUGAAAGACGUCGGAGAACUGAGGAGAUUCGCCGUCAUUCCAAGGGGGACAUGGGGAAUGCAAAUUUGCAACCCAGAGGGUUGCCUGGAGCUGCAACCUGCAUUGGUAUAAACAGUGGAGGCCAUAAAGAAAAGGAAAAUUCUCCAAAGAAGCGUCGCUCAGCUGUUGGAGUGUCUGGGGAGGCACUUCUUCACUUGGGUCUAGCAAGCAGUGAUACGACACGCACUCGUGGCACUUCCAUUCCUUCUCAGCCUCUUCAUGCCUUAUCGGGUACCAAGAUACCCUUAGCACGGCCUGGGAAAGAGCUGAAAGAGGCAGAAAUGGAGAAAUCUCCAUCCCGGAUAACAGAGGAUGAGAGCCCAGGUUCUCGAUCCAGGUCCAGGAUACCCCCAGGCUCAGACUCAGGGAGUGCAGAAAGGGAACGAGAUGGAGGGAGACGUGACCGACAGAUGCCAAAGCGAUUCGGCUUCCGACUCCGUCAUUCCACCACUCGAGAUCUUUCCACAACACAAUUUGCCAUCAUGGAUGAUGUCUCUGCUCAAAUGGCCAGCACAAAAGGUGGUGGUGGAGGUGGUGGUGGUGGUGGAUGUGUGACACUGGCAUCCCAGUGGAAGAGUCAGUUUGAUGAUGAAGAUGAGCAGACUGAUCGUGAGAUGAGGGCACAUGAGGAUUAUGAUGGGCUGGCCAGCCCUAGAGAAUCUCCUUUGGUUAUGAUCACUGGAGAGCAAUCUCCAAGACAGCAUGUGCAAUACACAAGGGGACGCAUGACUGCAGGUCUUGAAACUUCUCCGUGUGAGGCUCAGAUUGCCAGGAUGGAAGUUCAAAUACCUUCUGCAUCCCCAAAGCCACCAAGCUCUCCAGUGGACAUCCAAGAGUGUCCUGUGGUUCCUCUGGCUGAACAAGAGGAUUUGGGUGUGAAUGAAAAUGAAGAAGAGGAUGGGGAAGGUAAGAGGGAUGAAAUGCCAGGGGUGGACAUCCUGUGUCAUCCUCUCCAAGGGGAAGUUGGAGAAGCUCAAACCAAAGAAACCAUGCUAAAGAAGAGAGCAGAGGAUGGGGAAGAUGAGAGAGAGGUUAAAAGUCAGAAUGAUGAACCUGGAAAAGAAACGAGAGAGGUUGCCCGGAUGAGACGGAGGAGGGCAAGGGAAAGGAAGCGAGAGAUGAGGGAGCUCCUGGCUCCCUUGAACCUGGAAGGAGCUGAAACCUUUGAUGUACUCACUCCAGCUACAUCCUCCACUCCUUCAAGGGCUUGGAGUAAUCCUCAGUUGUGUGAGCACAUCAGGCCAGAUCUUGAGCCACCAAACUUACAGCAUGCCCGUUUUGAUGGAUGGGCCUUUGCUCUUGAUGCAACAAGAAAUGUUGCAACCCGUCACUCAGAGAAGGAUGAUGUUGAUCAGCUGAGUGUAGCAAAGACUCAUGGGCGUCGCCUCAGUGCCCCACCCAUUGCCCAACCGGUUCUCACGGGUCCUCAUGUUAUGGAAGUGGAGGAGGAGGAGGAGGAUUUUGGACAGAAUGGGAAGGAUGAAAAACAUGUGGCUGGGAAGCUGGAAAUCUGCAUUGGGGGUUUCCUCAAGCCAGAUGAGAAGAAGGAAGAAAUCAAGGAAGCAGAACCCACAAUGCCAAAGAUGCAGGAAUUGGUAUUACAAGAUGCUGAGGAACUCCUGGUCAAUCAAACAGAAGUAAUAUCAUUGCUCAAAACCCCUGAAGGUAUUCUUGCCAUGCAAGAUGAGAGUGCACCAGUAAACCAUGUGGUGCAAGAACCUUGUGAAUUCAAGAUGAGAGAAGGUGGAGGGAAAGUAAUUCCUGAAAGAAAACUGAAACUGGAUAUCCAGGGACUUGCCCUCAUGCAAGGUCAGGAAGGUGAAGGUUCCAUAUACUAUGAUGCUCCAAGCCCUGGAGAACAGACUCCUGGUGGAACACGCAGCAAGAUCCCUGUCCUUGUUGGUGCACGUCUCCGUAGCAGCUUGAGUCCAGAAAUCCUUAGGGGUCGUUCACAGUCCCCUGUUUUGGAGGAACCAGAGCUGCAGGUAUUUGGAGAUGCCAGUUGCAAUGGGGAUGUGGCUCAUAUUGUGCUUGAGCAGCCAUCACAACUGAAUUGCAUCAAUGAUAUAAAGAGAGAAAUCCCACCAAAUGGUGAAGGAGGGAGUGAGAGCAGUGAAUCAGGUAGUCGUCAUUGGGUGACAAGUCCCAUGCUCCCAAUGCCAAUCCCAGUGGAGGAAGAGACUAAACAGGAGGUUGGCCUUACCCCAGCACUGCAGCGAAGAAGACCUCAGCAGUCGGAGAAAUACGUGAGUGAUGAAUCAGAAUUGGGCCUACGCUUCCAUCGCUGGCGGGGUCAGUGGCAUCCUAACACCAGCAGCAACGACAAUUCUUCCAGUCCCACCAGUCCAAACGGAAAAAGACACAGGUUUCGAUUUGUGGGGGAAUCUGGUAGCAGCAGUUCAGAUCUCCUUCCUCCUCCACCUCCCCCUUUCCAUCCUCCUUUAGAUGCAGCAGGAGGGAAAGAUAGCCUUAUCCCUCCACCUUUAGUUCCCCCUCCUCCCCCAGGGGAUCCCCCUCCAUACAAGGAGGUCUAUGCCAGGUAUGCCCAUAGCUCUGUUUAUGUCGGAGGUACCAUCCUCGUUCCCUGCAAGAGGCAGCACCUGCUCAACCACGACCAGCUACAGAACGCCGGACCCCAUGAUGUUGGCCCUGCCUCUAGGCUCCACCUAAAUAAGCCACUCCUGCUGGGAGAACCUCAAAAUUCUUCCAUUGAGGCUUUCACUGAGAUCCAUCUGACAACUCCGGUGGUACAAUGGACCUCCAAUGGUGGCUCAGGAGGCCUCAGAACCACCACACAGGCUGAUGGUGUCUCCUCCUCUGAUAUCCUCUGCUUUCACCAGUAUGAGAGGAAGGAUGAUUUGGAUGAGUCAGUCCGAGAUUAUGCCUCACAACUAGCCAAGAAAAUCUGGAUUCAAGCAAGGGGUGGAACAUGGGCUGUCAAGAACAAGUGGCCUUCUAGGCUCAGAAACAGUCUCAAGGAUUUCAAUAAGGAAUUGGCAGGGAGUGAAGUGGUUGGUGUUCACCCUGCAAAAGGCAUAGGUGUCCAGGUGAUUCUUUCCAACAAUAAUGUUUGGUACCUGGGCUUCAGCUCUGACACAGCAGACAUAACCGAGAUUGAGUGCAGUCGACACCUCACCAAGGUCCUCAAUGCUCCCCUCUGCUCUGCUGGUGCUCAUGGAGAAAUACUGGCUGGAGCAACAGUGGAGAAUCACCUAAUGGUGAAUCUGGGGAAGGAGGAAGGAAAGGUGACCCUGCAUGACCUCCCUGGUCAAACACAGUCAAGGUUGUGGGGUCGAGGCAGGGGAAGGCUGAGGCUCGCAAUGAGUCCAUCAGGAAGUCUCCUGGCUGUCUGGUGGAUUUCAGAUCCUCCCUGUGAUCUCAUGGCCUGGCAGCCAUCAUCAAAGUGGGCAGAUUCUGCCAAUCUCCUCUUGUAUUCCAUAUCUAAUGAAGGAGUUCCCAUCCUGGAGAAGUGGGCCCAUUCAGAAACAGCCAUCUUUCUGGCUUCAUUCCCCAAUGACUCAUCUCUCUGCACAUUGGAGAUCUGGCAGCAAGAGAAGAAUGAGGUUGCAAGUGUGAAGUUAUUUGAGGACCUGGAAGGACGGGGUCUGAAGGCAUACCAAGAGGCAAAGAUACCACUACCGUCAUUGUCAUCAUCAUCAUCAUCCAUCCAGUGUGCUGCCUUCAGCCCAUCUCAUGUCCAUGUCUGCAUCUGCCUUGAGAACAGAUCUCUUCUCCUUCAUCACAUUCCACAUGCCACAACACAAGAGAUCAAGCUAUCAUUUGAGCCUAGAGCAGUGGGUUGGCAUUCUUCUGGCAUCAUGUUUGCUGUUGCUGGAUCCAUGGGAAAUCUCAUCCUCUCUGAUCUUGCAUUGCAAACAUACGAUUUGGAAGUUCUUAGAGGACCACUCAGGAUGGGUCAGGGUGAGAUCGAUCAUCUGCUCUGGCACCAAGACCAUGGAGACAGACCUCUUUCCUCGAGGCAUCCGACUCUCCUCGCCUUCUUUAAGCACGGGCCGGUGAGUUGCAUUGCAUUCCCUUCGUGUUGGGACGUGUUUUCCGUGCCAUCGUUGACGAAGUUGCACCUGAGGAGAUCGCAAGCUCAGUCUGCCGUGCGUCUUCUUCUCACCCACGGCUGGCAGGUGGAUCCCCAAGCUGCCAUGACCAGUCUCACCUCCAUCGCCACGCAUCUCUUCGCUCAACCUUUCUCACCUGCCAAUCAAGAAAUGUUGGCAAAUGCAUUAGGAUCUUUCUUUUCGCCACCUGUACCUCUGCUUCCUGAGAUCCAGGCUGACUAUCGCCCUCAGGUCAGGAAUCUCAGUCGACGCUUUUUCUUCUACCUGCUCAAGAAUAAUGAAGUAUUGAUGGCAUUCCAGUUGGCAGUGGACCUAGGACAAGCCGACUUAUUCCUCGAUCUGUGUCACUGGUUCAGGCGUCACGGCGACGAAAACUCGGCAGUUGCCGCCCUCGCAGAAGCCACUUCCCUCCUCAACGAUGGCGGCGAAAGCGUGUUCAACGAUGCAGACACGAUGCCGUCUUCGAUGUCCGAUUCCUCGGCGUCUUCUGCGCAGAUGCCUCUUGCGGCACAUUCCAGAGAAGCGGGAAACGGUGCCGAGCGAGAGAGCAUUCAGGAAGAAGAAGAGGAUGAGGAAAAUUCGAGAGAUGUCCAUGUUGUCCAUUUUGGAGUGGUGUGAACAUGGAUUUCUUUUUAAUUCCCAGACUUGUCUUUCGUGUUCUCCGCCCGUGGCAUGGGUUUCUUCCGCGUCCAAUCGAAUCUCUUGCCUUUUUUCACUCGUUUUUUACUUCAAUAAAGGAGCUGGUUCCGUCCAACA